AUGGCAACAGAGGUACAGACUAUGACCACUGUCAAGCGUGCCGACAAUCCAAGCAAGGCCCGCAAGAGGGCCCCCAAAGCGUGCCUCUCAUGCCGGGCCCGAAAGGUUCGCUGUGACGUGUCGCAGCGCGGUCGGCCAUGCAUGAACUGUUACCUCGACAGUGAGAGUUGUGUGGUCACGGGCCGAGCUUCUAGGCUACGAAAAGCCCAAAAACCAAUCGCAAACAUAUUUACGCCUGCCCUACCAUCACCCACAGCUUCUGCUGCAGCAAAUUCCGGCACGAAUGAUGCACAGACUUCUUGUCUUCCACCAGAUUUUGUUUCCGCUGGUGAGCUGCACACCGAAGCUGCUCAGUCACCAGGCCAAGAAACCAGCCUGGAGCAGCAUGGACACUUGCAUAUGUGCGAAGCCGACGAAAGCCAACAUGAUGAACAUCAUCACAAUCAUGCACAAAACACGUCACACACUUCCUCGAAAACUUCCGCACCUGGGAACAGCGAGUCACAUUCGCCUGAAAAUGGCUCCGUGCGGUGCCGUUCGCCAUCCAAGGGCGGUGCACACAGCCAUGAUAGCAAGGGCGAGUCAGCAUACGAAAACGUACACCGGUCUGAGCCCCACAAGAACUCCAAACACCACCACAACCAGCCGCAAGAACAGAGUGAUCAGGGCCCGGUCAACAAAACUACCGGUGCUGACAUUAGCGGAUCUGGUGCUGCAGCUGCCGGUGUCGGAGCCGGCCCGGAUCAGCAGCAUGCAUCGACAGGUGCUGAAAGUAUGCUUUGGGCCAGCCAGCAUAGCAUCUGCAAUAGAGGCCCGGGAAUGACUGCCGAUAUCACGUACUCCUACUACCCCUUUCUGGCGAUCAGCAACCUGUCAGGCGUCCUGCCACAGGACGUCAACUACCUAGAGACGCAGAGCUGCCUGCGGGUUCCAACAAGAGCCAUCCUGGACGAGUUCCAAGGUGCCGGCCGCGUGUCAUCACAUGGCAUGUCGCUGCUUGUGUUUCAGGCCAUGCUUUUCUCAACUUGUAAUUUUAUUUCUCGCGAGAGUAUUCAUGCGUUGGGGUUCCCUACCAUCAGGGUAGCUCGUGCUGCUUUUUAUCGGCGGGCGAAGCUGCUGUUUGACUUCGAGACAGAGACGUCGCCAGCAGCUGUUGCCCAGGCAGCACUCCUUCUCAGCUUCUGGUCGCCGUCAAGCUCACCUGGAACUAAGACGCCUAACACGGCAUGGCUCUGUACGGCCAUCCAGCACGCCAAGCUGGCCGAGGCGCAUCGGUACGCCUCGCUGACGGCACCGCGCGAUGCCGGGCGUGCGAAUGCACUUAAGAGGCUGUGGUGGUGCUGUGUCCUGCGCGACCGCAUCUUGGGUUUGGGCUUGCGUCGCAGCAUACAUAUCACGCGCGCACAUUUUGACUUUGAUGCUAACCCGCCGCUGAACUGCGCCGAUCUGGCUGACGAGAUCGAGCGCAGUCCCGUGUACAACCCGGGCACCAAGUCGUGUCUAAACGAGAUUCUCGUCCACAUGGUCAAGCUCUGCGUUGUGCUGACUGAUAUCCUGGCCCUUGUCUUCCCACUUGAUGGCACGCCCGGUUGGGGCCGUCUCACGGCUGAGAGUGACGCCAGCCGCGUGCGCCAAUGCAAAGCCGAGCUGCGCCGCUGGUACAAAGAUGCAAUGCUCCAUUUCCCCAUGUUCGGUGGAGCUACGAACGGACGAGCUGGAGGCAACACAACGCGCCUUGCCGCUGGUGCUGGCAUGGGUCGGGAGUUCUGUCACGAUUCUAUCAUCCUGUACACCAACUUGAUGUACAUGUACUAUCACUCUACUCGUGUAGCACUCUGCCAUCAUGAAGUGCUUCAUGUUGCCGUGGCUAAUGCUAACAAUCCUGGUGGCAUUCAUGACAAUCCAAUGGCCGUUCCGCCCCUCUACGAGAGCAGGCGCGAGCUCAAGGGUGCCACGUCUGGAGUGACGGAAUGCCUGAAAGAGUUGAUCCGGCUUCGCCUGGCCCGUUGGCUACCCAUAAGCGCCGUCACAUGCACGGCCCUGCCGCUCUUCCUGCAUAUCAUUGAUGUUAAGCUCUCAUCAGCGGCGUCGGCUGCUGCUACUGCUGCGGCGCCUGCAUCGGCAACGAAGUCAGCAGCUGCGAAAUCGGCCAGUGCAGCCAGCUCAGCGCUGAAGCAGCACCGACUCAACAUCCUGAUCGAGGCUAUGAAGACGUACCAGCCGCAGUAUGAUGGUGUUGAUUGGAUCAGCGAGACCAUCCGACACGUUGUCAACAUGGCGGAGAUCGGCGGGCUAGCCCAGAACGACAAAAUCGGGCAAACACAACAAGCGACGAGCAGCAAGGGCGCCGAUGUCUCGGACUGGACAGACAUCCUGGCGUCUAAUCCGUCCUGGUACCUCCGCUUGGCUCUUACCAUGGACAUGGCGCUGAGCAAGAACCGGAUUCCAGAGGAGCGCGACUUUCCAGUCGGUCUGCGCAGCUUAUUUUCCGGCGGCUUUGGUGCUAAUGCAAACGCACCGAUUGGCAGUGAUAGCGGCGUGGGCAAAGGUCCAACUUCAACAGCGGAUGCGUCAAUGUUGGACGCUGGGCACCGUGUGAACCUCCACAGCGACAUUUCGGGCCUCUCCUACCCUACAGCUGCAGCCACGGCUGCUCCCGACUUAUAUACUAAGACAAGUUCUAUGAUGAAUGCUGGCAUGGAGGGAAGGACCAUGGUGGCUGGUGAAGCCAAUGGAAUGACGGGUAACAGCAUCUCCAAUGGCGACAAUCUGGGGGAUGACUACUCUUCCGAGUUCCUGAUGAGUCCCCACCACCUGGCGAUGAGCAUGGGUGUGGCCAUGGGUAUGGACCUCGACAUGGAUCUCGACAUGGACCUCAUCGAGAUGGACAUGGACAUGGGCUUCUCGGCCCUCUCUGCGCCGAGCGUGGCCACGCAGCUACAAUCGUCGGACGAAGAGAUGUCGCCACCAGUUUCAUCGACGACUGAGUCCAUUGACACAGCCCCAACUUCCGAAGGCGUUAGUGCGAAGGGAGCAGGAGUGGACAUACCCACUCGGGAGGAAGAGGGAGCUGGGAUCGAAGACGAGCACGACUGGAUUGAGCAGGCAUGGGACGCUGACGGUGGCGAGAUGCGCGAGAGCGAUCGGGACACGGCAAAGGCGCUGUUGGAAGCGAUGAGCAGUGCCUGA